AUGGCGGACGGCUACUUGGGCGACGAAGCCUUUCAAACUCGCCUCAUUUGUUUUGGACGUGAGAAGGAGCAGUUCUUGGAUGUCGGAGAUCUCUUGGACCUGGAUGACCAGGACAAAUCUUUUCUAGCCGAUCGGAUCGCCUACGACUUUGACAAUGAGCAGCUUUCCAAGCUUCGCAGAAUGCUCCCCCUCCAGCCGGCGGGCUCGACCCUGGCCCCGGCGUUCGGUAAUGGCUUUCGAAUCAGGAAAACCGCCCCUGCCAACGCGGGAAACGAGCAUACUGCAAUGACCGAUGUCGUCGAGACAGCACACGAUGGUGAAUCAGCAGACAGAGAGAUGCCGGCGGACCUUGAGCAGAACGACGCGGAUACAAUUCCCACACGUCCAGUCUACCUUCUUGAGCAACCUCAGAAAGAGCAGCCCAUGACCCCCGAAUUCCUCUCGGCCUGGAAGCGGAAGAUGGACCUUGCCCGCCUUCACAGCAAGCGAUACAAGAUGACGGAGGAGCGCCUGCGCCAUAUCAGGUGGCAAGACUUGUUUUACAUCGACAACAAUGGAUACCUGAGCAUCUGGAAAGAGGUAUACGACCGGGCAACUUCCGAGCUGACGGCGACGGAUCCGAGGUAUAAGCUUCAGACUUGCCGCUGGCACAAGUUCAAGACUCCACCACGGCGGGCGAUGCCGGGUAUUCCAACCCUGGUUGUGACCGACCCGGAAGGGCGGCGCUGGUAUCCAAGUGACUUGUCUUACUACUACGACGACUCAGCAUCAACCACAGAAGAUGACAGCGAUGGCGCCGUCUAUUAG